AUGGCCAGCAACAGCAAAGGGCUACCAGUUGUGAUUAUUGGAGCCGGAAUUUCAGGUAUAUGUAUGGCAGUCGACCUAAUACGCCGUAAUGGAAGUCGAAACUUCAUAAUACUUGAAAAGUCAGGUGAUGCUGGAGGUACCUGGAAUGACAAUCGUUAUCCUGGAUGUUGCGCUGAUGAUUGGAUGUGCACUUACCCCACACAAAGAGAGAUCCACGCGUAUCUGAUCAGCACGGUUCGGCGAUGGGAUCUUUUCAAGCACAUCGUUUUCAAUACUACUGUUGAAAGUGCGGAAUGGAGUGAUACCGAGAAGGCAUGGCGGGUUGUAGUUACGUCUACAGGCAAUGGUGAGAAAGAGGAGUGCCAUCAAGACACGAUCAUUACUCCAUUUCUCGUGUCAGCCGUGGGGCAGCUCAGCAUACCAUCCAUCCCCGAUAUAGCUGGGCUUGACGAUUUCAAAGGAAAAGUCAUGCAUUCUUCAAGAUGGGACGAAAGUCAGGAACUCAAAGGCAAAAGAAUUGCAAUCUUUGGGAACGGAGCAACAGGCAUUCAGAUGAUUCCAGAGAUUGCGAAACUCGCAUCGCACCUAACAGUCUUCCAGCGUACACCAAACUGGGUCUUACCAAGAAACAACCAAAAUAUGUCCCUCGCUCAAAGGUUGGUAUAUAAAUUCUUUCCUCAUUUCCGCGAGCGCUAUCGACAAAGAUUGAUGGUAUCUCAAGACCAGGUACAUGAUAUGAUUAUCAAGCCAGAAGUUGGCGAAUUUGUGAAGAGUUUAAGCCUGGAUAUGAUGAAACGUCAAAUUCCGGACAAUGAAGUUCUGCGCGAAAAGCUAACACCUAACUAUCCCUAUGGAUGCAAAAGGGUCAUAUUGAGCGAUGAAUUUUUUCCAGCCAUGAAUCAAGCACAUAUUGAAUUGGAGACUAGGCCAGUGGAUCGCGUUACUGAAGGAGGCAUCAUCAUCGAUGGCGAAGAAACUGAUUUUGAUCUCUUGAUUCUAGCCACAGGAUUCCGCACAACAGAAUUCAUGCACGGCAUCAAUAUCACAGGCGCUGAUGGGCGAGAUAUCAGAGAGAUAUGGCGUCAAGGUGGUCGCGCCUACCUUGGAAUGACAGUGGAAUCCCUUCCGAAUUUUGCCAUGCUUUAUGGGCCCAACACAAACCUUAGCCAUUCUUCCGUGCUUCUAAUGAUCGAGUCACAGGCUCGGUAUAUUAGCGCGAUGAUCGAAGUCGUUCAGUCUACCGUCUCAAGUUCUGAAAAUAUCGUCUUUACAGUGAAAAAGGAGAGAGUGGAAGCUUUCAAUCAGGAGCUGCAGCAACGACUUCACGAGACUGUUUUUGCGCAUCCGGGCUGUACCAGCUGGUACAAAACGAAAGAAAACAUUGUCACUAAUAACUGGCCUGAAAGAGCAGCGAAAUAUCAGCAGAUGCUGAUGGUUUUAGAUUGGAACGAUUAUGAAAUUUCGGGAACUUGGCCUAAGGGUUGCUCAAAGACAGAUAUCAAACAUUUUGGACUUCCAAUUGAGGAGGAACUGAAAACUCGAUUCCAACCCAGAUAUAUCCUUGGAAUAUUAGGAAUUUCUAGUAUUUGUAUGGUUAUUUGGAGGUAUAGACACUAA